CAGCAAUCUGACAUUUCACAUUUGUUUAUGAUCUAUUUAUGCUUUAUGAUCUUGACCUAAUUUAUAUUUUGUUGGUGAUAAUUGAAUAUGGGUUUUUAUGUUUUUGAAGGCACUGCUUAAGAGAGCUAUUAUUCAAUUGAAAGCAGCUAAGCCUGCCUGAAAACCAGAUAACAGAAUCCAGUUAAGAAAAUCUAGUGAGAAGCAGUGAGGAAUUGAAACGGCUCUUCCUUUCCUGCUUUUUUUCACUUGAAGGUAUCUGAGAUGGAGUUCUGAAAGCGACCAACUAUGAUUCUCACCCUCUACUAUAUGUACGCGACGUUAUUGCAAUGGUGGAGAUUGGGAACCCUGAGGAACAAACUGAACGGUACUUUGAACACGAAAAAUGCCCUUUUACUCAGCAGGAGUAGGCUCAUACACUCUACCAAGAGGCAGAGGAGCAUCGAAACUCUGUUAUUCCAUGCCGACGAUAGGAUAGCCUGUACGAUACUUCCAAAGCAAACCAUAAACCUUGCCCAUUGGGUUUUAUUCCCGAAAGAUCCAAAAUGUUUUCCCAUUCAUAUCGAGUAUAAAAAUGUUAACCUAAGGCCGCCCUACAUCUAUUUAAUGCUGAAAAGUUUCCUGGAAUAUUACAAGCACGAAAGCGAAGCCAUUCAGAUCGAAGAUUUCGGUGAACUGAUGGCGUGGAAAGCUACAGCCAAUAAAUUCGAAGUUAUAAUCAAAACUGACUUGGAGAAUCUGACGAAAUUAAUUCAGUGCUAUUACAAUAGCAUAAUCGAUAUAAACCAUGAUCUGGAGAUGAUAGAGUUAGAGACUGUAAAUAUAGAUGGUAACGCCAGCAGGAUCCAGUACAACAGAAAAUAUUCCACGGCUGAAACGUUGAAAUUUUCGUACGCCCCUGUACAUUGGAAAAAGUUCGUGGGCGAAUUGAAGGAGUUGUACCAGAAAAUACGGGAAAAUUCCAACCCUAAAAUUAAGAUAGAAAACGGUAGCAGCAAGGUGGACGACCACAAAAAAGUGCCGGUUUACGAGGUCAAACCAAUGAAGAAGGAAAAUCAGAAAACCGAAGAUAAACACACUCUGGAUGUAAGCGGUACCGCCGAGCACAGACGUCAUAAAACUCAGGAUAAGAAGGAGAAGAACGUCGACGACAAACCAAAAACCGACAGGAAAGCCAAAGAAGACCCUUCUUCCAAAGCGAAAGAACAAAAGACUGAAACUUCGAAACCUAGGACUAAGAGUGUCGCUUCAAAGUCUGAACCAUCCCAUAAGGGUAGCCAUAAACGCGACGAACUCGAACAUAAGUUAGAAUCUAAGUCGGUAGGGAACUCUAGCGUAGAGAGGCAAACGACAAGUACGACGAAACCGAUGCGUACCAAGAAAGAAUUGGAACGUGGACGGAGCAGGGAGAAAGAUCAUUCGUCGAAGGAAUCGAAGAAAAAGAGCAGGAGUAGAGAUGGGGAAUUGGACGAGGGUAGAAGAGAUAAGCAGCCCGUUGUUAAAGUAGAUAAAUGUGAUGAGGAAACGAACAUAUCGGUAUUGGAAGAUGAGAAAAAUGGCUCAUCCAGUAAAGAAGAAACAGUAGAAGAAUUAACAAUUGUAGAUAAAAAAGAAGUCGAAGAAACGGUUCCUAAAUGUGACUUAACGAAGAGCGGCAGUUCGACGUCUAAAAAACUGAACACUUUCGCGAAUAUCGACUGUCGGAUGAUGUCCACGCUGGGUACUAAACCGCCGAAUAUUCUGGUAUACGCGGAUACCAUAACGGCCAAGGAAAACGUGAAGGCCGUCCUGGGUUCUGUUAUAAACGGCGAGAAGUAUAUCGUCUAUGAUCUACCCACGAAUAUCUCGACAUAUCCCGCUUGGUGCGAUUCCACCGCUUUGGUUGUGAUUUGUGGCGCGACCACCCCCGAUGUGACGUCGCAACUUCUUCAUUACCUUGUCGGCGGUGGCAGGCUGCUCUGCUUGUGCAGCGAUUUGCUGCACAGCAUACUGUCGGUUUUCUCCACAGCCGAGGUGAGAGAACACGAAUUGGUCAGAUUUUCUUACGGGGAGUGGAAAAGGGUGAAGAUGAUGCAUCAUAUAUUCUGUUAUCAAGCUUCCCCGGCCAAAAAACAGUUCUCCCAAGGUUCCGUUGAAUCUAAUAACCACAGUAAUGGAUCUAGUCCUAUAGCGCCUAGGACACCCUCCAUUGCGGAAAUUCAACACAACGGUAAGAAUUACACGCUUCAGGUGCAGGUCUUGGGCACCGAAGAAACCUGGCAAACGCCAAGUUUGCUGUUGGCGAACGUGAAGAAUUCUAAUGGGAGGGCCAUAUUUUCCCAGGUCCACCUCGAGAUAGAUCCCGUCCAAUACGAAGGAGACGAGACCAAGUUCACGGCGCUGAAGGACAGCGAUCAGGCGAGACUGGAGAUCCUCAAGGACAUACUCAGCAAUCGACUGGACAUCGAUUGCACCAGAACGUGCGACCGGAUAACUUACACCCCCGCCUAUUUCUUGGGUAGACACGAGUUGAAAAUGGAACUGGUGAACCAGUGCAAGGAAGUUGUGGACGGUACGAUCGACUGCGGGCACGUGACAAUGGUGUUUUGCGGGAAGAACGUGGAUCCAGGAGCGGCGACACCGUCUAGGUUGCCGGUUAUGGUGUACGCUUGUCCUUCCUCGUUCUCCACGGUGGAGUAUUUCUCUACACUGGACACGGAAAUCAUCGGAAGAUUGGUCAUAUACGCAGACGUUCUCAAAAGUUCUCAGUAUCUAUUGAGCAAAUCGAUCAGGCAUGGCUUGGUUGUUAUAGCCAGGCAACAAACGUGUGGAAUUGGACGUUCAAAUAACACGUGGUUGAGCCCAGUGGGAAGCGCGUGCUUUUCUUUACAAUUACACAUCCCUUUGAGUUCUCCCAUCGGAAGGAUGCUGACCAUAGUCCAACAUCUGGUCAUUGUUGCGAUUAUCGAAGCGAUUAAAAAAAAUCCCGGAUACGAAGGAUUGGACAUCGGUAUAAAAUGGCCGAACGAUAUUUACUUGAAGAAAUCGAUCAAAAUAGGCGGUCUCAUAGUCAAUUCUACAACCGGAAACAAAAUUUCGGUUUUGAAUAUAGGAUGCGGUGUGAACAUGGAUAACAAGGAACCUACCAUGUGUCUCAACGACUACAUCAUGGAAUAUAACGCAGAAAAUAACACGAAAUUGAAAAAAUUGUCCCACGAGAAAUAUUUCGCUAUGGUUUUUAACGAGUUGGAAUAUUUGUACGAUAACAUUCAAAAUGACAACCUCGAGAGCUUCUACAACCUGUAUUACAAACAUUGGAUUCACAUGAAUUCUCAAGUGACGAUCCAAACAGAGGAAGGGCAGACUUCAAACGCCACCAUUGUAGGCAUAGAUGACUUCGGUUUCUUGAAAGUAAGACGAGAAACCGGGGAGAUCUGUGUGGUACAACCCGAUGGGAAUACUUUCGAUAUGAUAAAAGGCCUAAUCGUACCUAAGCCAAAAUAUAAAUAAAAAUUCCCCAUUUUUUUUAGUUGUAGGUAUUAAAUUUUUAUAUCCAGUUUCCAGUCUGUGAGAAAUCCAAUAUCAUCGUAAAUUUUAUAUAAGACGUAUUUUCCCUUUAUGGCUGUUGUUGGAGUGUCAAGAAUUUAUUGAACGUUUCUAUUGUUAUAUUUUUAUUUUUUCAUACGUCAUUGUGCUGUUGAGUGGGCUUGUUCUUUGAAACAAAAUAUUGAUGUAUUGUUUUAACGGAGAAUAAAAGUUUUUCAUAAAUGGUGAA